CGUCAGAGACCCGGGAAGGGAGGAGACGAGGGCGGGGCGGGGCGCGCGAUCUUGGAUCUCCUUUUAGCAACAAGGAAGAAUAAGAAGAAAGCGAGGAUUGUUCGGGCUCGCGCGGUCGCUUCCAGCUGUAACAGCGUCUGGAGAUGGCGCUGGUGAAAAGUGGAUGGCUGCUCCGGCAAAGUACUAUAUUAAGGCGCUGGAAGAAGAACUGGUUUGAUCUGUGGGCUCAUGGCCAUUUGUUAUUUUACGAUGACCAACAUCGGCAGGAACUGGAGGAUCGAAUUCACAUGAAAGUUGACUGCAUCAACGUCAGAGUGGGAAAUGAAUGCCGAGGUUUCCAGCCCCCAGAGGGGAAGCCUAGGGAUUGCUUGCUGCAGAUCAUUUGUCGUGAUGGGAAAGUGCUCAACCUCUGUGCAGAAAGUGCUGAUGACUGCUUAGCUUGGAAAAUUGCUCUCCAGGAUGCCAGAACAAACGGGGCCUAUAUUGGUUCGGAAGUGAUGUAUGACGACAAUACAAUUUCCUCGUCUCCUCCUCCGUACACGGCUUAUGCAACACCAUCACCUGAGGUUUAUGGCUACCCACAGUACAAUGGCGCAUAUCCACCUCCCGGGGCUCAGGUCUUCUUUACUUCUAAUGGACAGACGUAUGCAAUCCCUUAUCAAUAUCCAAACCAAGGUCCUUAUGGCCACCCUCCUGCGAAUCAUGUCAUCAUUCGAGAGCGCUACCGGGAUAAUGAUGGGGACCUGGCACUUGGCAUGCUUGCUGGAGCAGCAACAGGAAUGGCCCUGGGCUCGUUGUUCUGGGUGUUCUAGGCUCCCUCUAGAGCCACAAAGUGAAGGGAGACCUGAAGUCUUCUGUGUGCAAUAAUGUGUAUUUGCAAAGUACUUCAGUUUAAUCUACAAUUCUUUUCAAUAGGUUCUAGUAGUACUUUUUGCUGGUGACAGGCAGAUCGUAGUUAACAAAAAUUCCCGACUGUCCCAAAGGUGCCCUUUAGUUGAAAAGCGGUUAGCAUAAUGGCUCGUGGUCAGAUGAGUUUGUGAUUCUAUGCAUUGAUAAGUAAGUAGCAGUAAUAUCAGUGAAGUGUUACUAAUGAUGGCUAAAUGGCCACAGUUGACUCAUUUUUACAGUCAAAUAUUAACCAUCUUGUUAAAAUUACUUCAGCUACUGCCUCAGAAUGCUAACUGGAAAACAAGGGAGCACAAAAGUGGGUAUUUCUGAACCCAGGGGAUUUUGAAUCCGAUAUUUUUCUUAGCACUCCUAGAAGACAAAGAUGAUGAUUCAGUAGCUACGCCAUGGGAUCCAUUGAAUGUUUUCUUGUAUUCAAGGGAGAUCUCUGGAAUUUCAGUAGCUUGACAAGGAUUGCACACUUACUGUACAAGUCCUUCCCAAGGCUAAACCAGGGACAGGGAACCUUUGGCUCUUGAGAUGCUGUUGGACUACAACUCCCAUCAUCCUUGAUCAGUGGCUAUGCUGGCGGGAGUUGGGAGUUUAACAAAAUAUGGAGAGCUCAAAUUCCCUCUCCCUCAUCUAAGCAAUACAAAAACCUGACAUUUCUUUUAGAAAGGAGUUUGGAUUACCAUGCAAACCGCUGCAGUGUCCUAGAAACAGCAACCUCAUUUAGAUCCUAGUAACAGUUCCUUAGGGUAACAGUGGCUGGAAAGAAAGUUUAACAUACGGACAGAAGGCCUCCGGAACAUUUGCUAAGGCAGGUAGAAGGAGAGUUGGCAAGGAUAGUUCAGCCUGGGUGUGAAAACCCUACCCAGUACUUAAUUAAUAGGUAAUAGGAGGUGUUGUGGUCAUACUGGGGAUAAAUGUGUUCAAAGUGUAACUUAAUGGUUUAGGUAUCUGGGAACCUUUUGAAUCUGUUUUGAGAUUUAUACAAAGUAAUUAUGCUCUCUUACCUGCAACUACAAACAAUUUUUAACAAGGGCUUCUACUUUCCAGACACACUACAGAGAUACCUCUGUUUUGGUUGCACGCUCCAGUCUUGUAUGUGCUUCUCCUUCUGCAGCUAAAUUAUCUGCUUUAAAGACUUAAGACCCAUACUUCUGUGAGAGGACAGCUAAAUGAGCAAGUAUCCCCACCCGGAAAUCAUUUUCAGCGGUGUAGGUUAAUAAAAAGAAAGGCACACCUAUUUUUAUCCAUCCGUUGCUUGUGCAUCCUGUUAAAAUCAGAGAUCUACACAAGACUCUUCCAAGUGUCUAUAGGCAGUGCUGUGUUCUUUGGUGAACCUGCAAGCUUUGAACAGCAGCAAGCAAAGGGGACUUGGGUUGUGCCGCCUGCCAUAAUGACAAACCCUAGCCGAAUGCAUUCCAUUCCUAUUUAAAUAGGAUAACUGAAUGGUGAGUGAGGCAAAGGCAAGGUAGCGGUACUGGAAGUCUUAAUAUUGGUCUUGUGCACCUUGUAUGCCAGUGUUUGCCUUGGGUGUGUCUAUGCAACUGCUGUUGAAAUGCAACAGGGGGAACCUCAUUGCAUCCAGCAGUUGUUGGAUUUGAAAGCGUGGCUUUUAAAAAACCCUGUCAGCAGUCUAGGACAUUUCAAAAGACAGUACUGUGAACUGAAGAAUGUGUGAACUGAAGAUGCUUUAUUUAAUAGGUCUGCAGUCUCUUAUUUAAUACCCAUGCAAGUAUGUUGGAAACCUUGUAAGUUACUAAGAAACCGAUAAUACACUAAAGCAGCACUAGCUUCUGCUCUGAUUUUGUAAUUUAUCUAGUGUAAUUUAUCUCUUCUGUGCUAUUAUGUGUACUGUACAGAACUGUAGAACUUCCAGAAAACUCCUUUCUUUGUAUUUGUUACUUUGUGAGGAGAGAAGAAAAUAAAUGUAGUCUUUGAACUUUUGGCAAGUCAAAAAUUUAAUACACGCGGCAUUCCUUGAUAAGAUGUCAAGUUCAAGUUGGUUAUAACCAUAGAAAACUACACUAUGAGCUGGGGGGAGGCUUCAUUUUACCUGAAUAAUUACUUGCACAUUGUAAUGGCAUUGACUAGCUGGAUUUUAAAAUGUAACGGCUAAAUGUUGGAUAAAUGUCCGGUCAAUUCGGUAAACUGCAAAGCAAAUAAAAUCUUUCCAUAGGUAACACAUUUAUCUUGCAUUAAUACCAGGAAGUAAAUCUUGACAAAGCUCAAGAAUUCAAGAAGGGUCCCAAAAACUUGGGUACAAAUCUCGGUUUUGCAUCAUAUGAUUGCGAGUAAGAUAGCGUGCAGUGUCAUCUAUCCUCCCCAUGCCACAUAAUUCCAAAUAUUAUUCAAGGAGGAGUUAUUAUUUGUUAUGAAGUGGCAGAAAGAAGGCAUAGUCUGGAGACCUAGCCUUGUAAACGCCACCCUUGGAGGCCAGCCCUACUAUUGAACAAACUAAGGUAGCUGCUUCAGGGAGCAGAUGCUUGGCGAGAACAGGGAGUGGUAGCAAGAGUGCUGGAGGACAGAGGUGUGUUGCUGUGUGGCUUGUGCUCCCUAAGCUAGCCUGCUUUCCCUCAGGUGCAGAGGAACCUUGCCAGCAUAGAUGGAAAAUUUGCUAAUUCAGUUGGCUUCCUUAUUUCUUUUGAUAAUACCAGGAAGAAAGGGGGAAGUUUUAAAUAAUGUGGAUGUCUCAGUGAAUCUUUUUUCUAAACCUUGCUGAGAACUUCCUAAGAGCAAACCGUAUUAAUCUGUUCUAUGAUUCAAACCAGCACCAGGGAAAUGAUCUCUCCCUACCUACAUAUCUCCCUCUUCUCAUUCAGAAGGAAAUGCCAAAUUGAGCAUCUGACCAGCUGAAUGUACUCAGCCAGGAAUACAGGUGAAACUCGGAAAAUUAGAAUAUUGUCGAAAAGUGCAUUUAUUUCAUGCAACUUUACUUCAUGCAAAAAGUGCAUUUAUUAAUGCAACUUAAAAGGUGAAACCUAUAUAUGAGAUAGAUGCAUGAUAUGCAAAGCAAGAUAUGUCAAGCCUUUAUUUUUUGUAAUUGUAAUUAUUUGUCGUUAGGCGGGUCAAUUAUAAAUGGAAUGUAAUUAAUGAAAUGUAAUAGUGAUUUUUAUUUUUAUUUUGUAUUAUUGUAACUAUUUGUUUUAUUACUGUGGGAUUUCCAAAAGAAAGCACUUGUAAAAAUAAAAAUAAAAAUAAAAAAUAAAAAGAUGCAUUACCGGAAUAAAUGCACUUUUUGACGAUAUUCUAAUUUUCCGAGUUUCACCUGUAUAUUGGAAUGGUCUUGUGAUUGACACAGUGGCCACGAUCUCCCGAGUUAUAACAGGAAUGGGUAUUGCUUCCAGCCAUUUUAGAAAAUAUUGAGAGAGAUGGGCUUCGCUUACGUAAAUAUUGGAGACAGGCGCAAAAGCUUUUUGGCACACAGACUGUCAAAUUGGAAACUUACUUUAGUAGAAACGAAACCCCAUCAACUUUUAUGGCUUACUUUCUGGGGCAGAAACGUUGCAGAAAUGCAAGAGGCCACAAGAAUGCACUAUAGGGAGGGAAGAGUUGGAAUGAUUGACUGUGGUGGUAUGAAUGGGGAGGGAAGAGAUAACAAAUUAUGCUUGGGCUGGCACCCGUCACAAUUGUUCAUACUGGCUUUGCCCAAUCUGUUGUAAAGACAUUUUUUUACAAAGUUAAAAGGCACAGGAAAAUAUGUGCUAGUAUCCUGAACAGACCAACCUAACAUGAUCAAUGUGACUGAGCUCACAAUUUAAAUUGGUGGGAAAAGUGCAUUAAAAAUAAUAAUGAAGGAGGCUGACAAAUUAUGCACAUGACUGUUUGCUAGGAAACCUAAAUGAAGAACAGUCAGGAAAUGGGGGACAUUUCCAAAGAAGGUCAUUAACCUCAAGAACUCUGAAAGAACGUCAUUAAUUUAAGAAGUUCAGGAAAGCGAAGCAGGAGCACUGGAUUAGGAAGUGCUUGUGCCAAGCCAAAUCCAUGGCUAAUGCUGUCUGCUCUGAUUAAACAGAUAAGCUCUGCUCCAAUAGGAAUAAAUAAGUAUGAACAGUCUCCGUUGGACUGAAACUCCAGUCUGGAAGGUGAGACUUCAUAGUGGCUUGGGACACUAAUCUGUUGAGCAGAUGAGGUGGGAAGGAAAAAGGAGAAGCUGCUUCUCCAUACAGAGGAUCAGCACUCCCAAACUUGACUGCAUUCACUUCCUGCUGAUUAGCAAGACGUGGGGAGCCUAACUUUCUGGCAACCAUUCCAGUUCAAACACUUUGCUUGCACUACAGUGCAGCACUGUGACUCUGCCUCUUGAGCUACUGCUUAGUGUUCCUUUGGUGAGUUGCUUAGGACUGGCUAAAACAUACCUGCAUGUUAUAAGAAUGAAAAUAAAUGAGAUUUCCAUGAAGAAAUGGGGAAAUAGGCACACAAAUCUAAGCAGGUCUGGAUCUGGUCAGUG